GUCUGCUGCGUCACCGUGGUGAGUUCAAAUACACUUGGACAGACUAACACCCAGGUAGAAAUGUUCAUUAGAAAAAAAAAAAAUUGACAUCAAAUUUGGUGUAAUUAAAUAAACAAACACCUGUUACAAUAGCAUAAUGAUUAAAAAGAAAAAUUUAAAAAUAUAUAUUUUUGAUAGACGGAUCUUCCGGGAUAUCAGAUUUUGUCUUCUCAGAUGAUUUAAAUGACCAAGUCCGGAGUCCGGCAAGAUAGCGAACUAAACAGUUGCCCUGUCCGCUGCUCUGAUGCAAGGGGGCAGCAGAUGCUUCAUGACGGUGGUGCAGUGCAACAGUCAGAUUCUUCCGUGUUGCUUCUUCGUGUCUGUAAACAUGAGGAUUCAAGAGUUUAACACCGUCCCCUGACUUCAUGAACACCCUUGUAAACACGUGGAAACGCUUGUAGAGCUACAAUCUUUCGUUCUAGAGCAUUAUUUUUCUAAUUUCCGCGUGAGUCAUGCUUCUUCUCCGGACUGCGGUUCUCGGCUGCCGGGCUCCGCGCUGCGGUCCUGUCGGCUGGAGAAGCGCCGCCUCGUACGUGCAGGGCCAGAGCCCCGAACCCCGCAUCCGAGAGUACUUUUACUACGUGGACCAUCAAGGACAGCUCUUCCUCGAUGACACUAAAAUUAAAAACUUUGUCACCUGUUUUAAAGAUAAACAGUUCCUGCUCUUCUUCUUCAGCCGGCUGAGGUCAAACCAGAGCGGGCGUUACGAGAAGGACUUCCCCUUCCUGUCUCUGUGCGGCAGGGAGAGGAACUUCCUGCGCUGCGACGACCGGCCCGUGGUUUUCACCCACCUGCUGCAGAGCUCCGGAGACCCGCGGGGACUUGGAGGAGAUCAGGAGCUGCUGUCCUUCUGCGGCGGAGCGGAGAAGCUUGCCGUACCGUUCCGCCCGGAGGCGCUGUACAUGCAUCCCGCCAGCGGGCGGGUGUAUCACCCCUGCCCGGAGCGGACGGGGGGAGUCGGGCUGGUCAGGUCCGCUUUAGCCAUCGAACUCAGCCCGUUCUUUGUUUACCCGCCAGAGAGCAGCCAAUCCGGACAGCCGACACACUUUUUGUGGGGAGAAGAGAAGCACACGCUGACCAAUGAGCUUUCAGGUUUUUUUCCUAUGACAGACGAGGGCAGCGAGGAGCGGCAUCUAGAAUGAUAUCAUUUCAUGAACGAAAAAGACAGUUUAGUCAUCAGCUUCCAUCACAGAACAACUGAUCCUAAAAUCCAAUUGGGGAUCCUUGACUCCUCACCAGACAAACUUAAUUUUACUAAAAAAGAAUGAUGGACAUCAUAGGGGAACUUCUACUGAAACACAAGUUCUUCAAAUCUAAAAUAUAAAUGGUUUAUGGAUAUUUAUUAAAAAGUAAAAUAAAAUCCCAGAGGUCUCUUUUAAUGUGGAAAAAAUCUCAGAAAUAUUUGUUUUCUGUUUGUUUUGGUCAAAGUCAUGACAGAAAUCUAACAUUUCUGUUAGUGUGCAGAUCAAGACUGCACAAUUAUCCCAGCAGCUAUAGCUGCAUUUCCAUUACACAUAUGCACAAGACCUUAUUAAAAUUCAAGAAAUGUUGACAAAACAA